CGAUCUUCUCCGUCAUCCCAUCACUCGCGCUGAACAGGAAUACGGAAAUUAUACACGGGCAUUUUUGCCCGAGAAGAGUGCAUUGGUAGAUGCUGGAUUCUGCACACUCAAACAAUGAGACCCGACUCGCAUAUACCUCGCUAUAUGUCAUGCCCGCUAUGUUGGUUCUUGUAUCGACGGGCCUGCUCGCGCGCCGACACGCAUAUCUCCGUUGGACAUGUUCUGUAUUCUCGAGACCCAAAUCUUCAUCUCACAUGCCACCAAACUCUUUCCUAAUCAGGCAGUCCGUCGAAAGGUGUGGAUCACGGUUUCACUACUACUCUCCUACAACGCGCAUAUACCGCUACUCUUCCGCUUGGACCUCAAUCACCACGGUGCUGACCAUGGUGGAAAUUCCCGUAGGUGGCUUCCUCAUUGCUUUUUGACGAACUGGACCAGAUCUCAUGGGGCUAGCUGUUCGUCGCGAUGAGUUCUCCGGCAUCAACCGUCGUGCUAUCUAGCGCGCUCUCCGCCGACCAUCAGUCUCCUGGACCAGCUGGAAUUCUUGAAAACACCGUCGUCAACCACAGUAUCUCGCUAGGUCUCUGGUUCACCCACGCACUUAGAUUCAAUGACCAUAACGGCAAUGCCGACGUGGAAGUAGGGUACCGAAGCGUAAUGCACACAGCCAUCGGGUUCGUGGUCUGUGCAUUCCCAUCUUCGCUUUGAUACGGUGGGUACAAAAAAGGCUAGCAGAUAUCGGGGACAGCGACGGCAUAAUCGACCCUACUGUGGCAUAAGAGCACAUAACCCAAAGCUAUAAGCGGCUACUGGUGCCGUGUGCUGGAGUUGAGG